UGGCACUGGUGGUAUUGGUGAUUUUGCUCCAGUAACGUCAAGGAAAACAAACCAGCACAGUCUCUGACAUGGGGCAGGAGAAAGAAAUAGAUUUGACAACCAGGUCCACCACUGUAUUCCUUUUGCGUCCUGCCUUAUGUUUCAUAUUAAAGUUUUUCCAGGGAGCUUCUUCUGAAAAGACAAAGGGGAUAACGCCGCGCCAAACGUGAGCAUCGUUGGUGUGGCGGUUGCUGGCGUCUCUUGCCGGCUGGCGAGGACGCCUGCUUUGCUGCUCAGAAUGGCAGAGCCGUUGAGGUGGGAAGGGGCCGGGGGAGGUGACCUCUCAAGGCCGGGUCAGCAAGAGCGGCCGGCCCACAGGCCUGGCCAGAGGGGCCUCCAGGCGGGACCCCCACCCGGGCGGGUGCACACCAGUCCGGCGGUUACACGGCAACUGUCAUACAACAUCACGUCGAGUGGCAAAGCGGUGAUGUCACAAUGCAGCAAUGUGACAACACCAUGAUGCGCAUCAGCCAGACUGCCAGCGAGCCGCUAUAUAUAGAGCCGCUGGCUGGGAGACCGGCUGAAGCGGCAGCAGCUGGGUGCCUCUGCAACAAGAGGAGACAGCGCAGGGUCGCAGCGCCAGGAGAGCUCUUGGAAGGAGCCAUGGAACAUCGUCGCGCUGCUGGCGUCCGAAAGGCAGAGGCACGGCUGAACACCCGGGGAGAGAGGGGAGAGCUCGGGCACAGAAGACAGCACCUGGAAAGAGGAGGACGUCCCAGGCUGCUGGACCCUGAGCUGCUGGACCUCCCACUCGGGGUCAAGAUCCCUGUGCCACGCGGCUCCAGGCCUCUCUUCAGCAGGGGAAAGCUGGGGGAAAAGCUUCACCGGCCCUCCUGUACUUUUAACCUGGGAGAUCCAUACUGUCGCCUCUUGAGCACGGAGUACAACUGCCUGCACGACCCACAUCUGGAGGCGUACCACAGGCGCAGUCAUAACUUUAGGAGCCUGAAGAGGGCCGGUUAUGUCACCAGCGAUGGCAAAGUGAUUUGCAAUCUCAAAGAGUUCAAUGAGUACAGGCAAUAUCUGAGCACUCUCAAGCUGGAGGCAAAGAAAAUGUCCAGGCAAGCAGAGGGAAGGCUUCAGCAGCACCUGCCCGAAUUAAAGGAUGCCCCCAAGGUGCCGGGAGCUGUGGACACUUCUCGCCUGGCAGAGCGGCUGCUGCAGCCUCGAAAAACAUCUUGCCCACCUCAACCCAGGAGCAGAAAAGUCUCCCUGAGAUCACGGCGCCAAACGUGCUCCCAACCUGAGCAGGGAGAGGAAGGUGCCAAGCCGCCCCGGAGGCUCAGUAGUGACGCUGACUCCGAGAGGAUUCCGCCAGGCAUCCUUGCAAAUGGUGUGUUCGAAGCUGCAUUUGAACAGCAAACUGCAGGAGGAGCCCAGAAGCUUGAAGAGCUGUCUGAGACUGCAGUGCAGCAAGUGUUGGAGACGGUGAAUCUCCCUAAGAGAGAGCCACAGCCAUCCCAGACGCCUUUCUCAAGGCUGCACCUGGAAGAAGGAGAAGGAUUCCCCGGAGCAUCUGAACAGCAGAGCCUGGAAGCCAGCAAGGGAGCAAAGUUGCCUGUGUUACCACCGCUGCCAAAUGCAGCCGCUGCUGAAGUCUCGCAACUCUGCCACACGAUUGUCAGGGAAAGCAUCCAACGUGCCAUCUCGAGAGUUCAGCAGCGCCAUGCAGAGCGGACUGGCUAUGGUAGAACCGUUGUCCCUGAGGUGCUUGGAACGGGGAAAAAGAAAUUAGAAAUGAAGCCAAUGCCAACAGCCUUAGCCACAUCUUUGGCUCCAAGGACCAUACCUGAUGACAGCGUUGACACUGUAUUAGUGUGGACGUGUGCACCUGGCCUGCACUGA